GGACUUUUAUUUUGAAAGGUCCGCUUCUUUCGUCACUAGACAACCCGGAAGCGUCAAUUUGACCUCAAAGGACACCAACACUUACUCUUUAUAAAGUAGCAAUGGGAUGGCGAGUGGUGUUGAGGGGUUUCAUGCCUCUGUGUUUACGUCGACUUGCCUGCUUGACCACCAACAAUUACAUGGGCGCAAGGAUUCGUCCAGCCCGCACAGACCUGACGGUGACAUGUCCCUACCCUCUUUGGACAACCCAUCCUGUAAGAACACUACAUCUGUGCCCUAACUUGUGUGCUGGUCAUAAUAAGUGGUCAAAGGUGAAAAAUAUAAAAGGACCCAAAGAUGCAGCCCGGAGUCGAAUGUUCAUGAAGUUUGGGAUGAUGAUAAGAAUUGCAGUCAAAGACGGGAGAUCUAGUAAUCCAGAAUUCAAUCUAGCAUUGGCGAAUGUAGUGGAGCAAUGCCGAGGCAAGAACAUGCCCAAAGCGUCCAUAGAAGCUGCCAUCAAGGGAGCGGAAAAGUCCAAGGCAGGAACCCAGCACAUGUAUGAAGCCAGGGGGCCUGGUGGCUGCAUGCUGCUCAUCGAUAUGCUAACUGACAACAACACCCGAAGUCACCAGGAACUCAAACAUCUGCUCAACAAACACGGGGCAGCGCUGUGCGACGGGGUGCGUCAUAACUUCAGCAGGAAGGGGGUGGUGGUGGCGCAGGGGCAGGGUGUGUCGUCCGAGCGAGCUCUGGAACUGGCCAUCGAGGCGGGGGCCGAGGACGUCCAAGAAACAGAGGAUGAGGAUGAUAAGUCCCUCCUACAGUUUGUGUGUGACAUGACAGAGCUGAAGAAGGUGCGGACCUCGCUGGAAGAACUGGGGGUGCGCACUGUGUCCGCUAGCCUGGAGUUUGUGUCCCACAAACCCACGCAGCUUCCACAAGCCCAGCUGGAGGCAGCCUUAUCUCUGAUAGAAGCCCUGAGUGACUGCCUAGACGUGGUGCGGGUCUGGGACAACAUCCAGGCCCAUGACUGACAGUCAUUAUGUACUAUUGUCAUAUUACAUAUUAUGGACAUUUCACGUUAGGAUAUAUUGCAUGUUUGGACAUUUGAAUUGAGCAGACAAAUCUUAACACCAGGUCUGCUCAUCUAUGGACUGUACAAAAGUCAUGGUUGCAGUUAUUUUAAGAAGACAUUGCGUUUGUCAGUGCCAAGAAAAAUGCAUUUAUCUGGAAGCUCGGGAGCAAGAGAAGUUGGACAGGAUUCAGACUUGAGAUCUUUGUGUUUAACUCAAAUUUUCACCCAAGUCUCCCAAGUCUGAGUUGCAGGUGCUUAUUUCAACUCUGAAUCGUCCCGAUUGUGACUAGCCAGACUGAGUCUGUGAGGUAAAAGGAGUUUGUGUCAGGAAACCAUGUGAAACCUCUUGUGUACCUGCUUAAAGGAUAUCUUGGAUAUGAAUGUAAAAACAACUAUCAUGUCCAAAUAAAACUAUUUAAUUUCUGUGUAAA